UCAUUUUCUCAACCUCAUUAUCACCUCUCUCUCUCUCUCUCUCUCUCUCUCUCUCUCUCUCUCUCAUCACAUCUGCCACUCCACAUGGGGAGGCACUCAUGCUGUUACAAGCAGAAACUAAGGAAAGGGCUAUGGUCCCCAGAGGAAGAUGAGAAACUUAUGAAGCAUAUUUCCCAAUAUGGACAUGGGUGUUGGAGCUCUGUGCCUAAACUAGCAGGUUUGCAGAGGUGUGGGAAGAGUUGUAGAUUGAGGUGGAUAAAUUACCUAAGGCCAGAUUUGAAAAGAGGAACAUUUUCACAGCAAGAGGAGAAUUUGAUUAUUGAACUCCAUUCACUUCUGGGCAACAGAUGGUCUCAGAUUGCAGCUCAAUUACCGGGGAGAACCGAUAAUGAGAUAAAGAAUCUGUGGAAUUCCUCUAUCAAGAAGAAGCUUAAGCUUAGAGGAAUUGAUCCAAACACUCACAAGCCGAUUUCUGAGGCCGAAAAUGAAGAGGGGGAAUCUGAAUCCAACACCACCAAUGAGAAACUCAGUGAAAAAGUCACAAUUAUUGAUGCAGGGAAUUCAGACAAGGCAAUGGAGAGAAAAUAUCCAAGUCCAAACACUAAGCACUCAAGCAACAACAGCAGUAAUUUGACCAAUUUAACCCCAUCGACGACUGAUGAAUUCUUCCUAGACAGGUUUGUUUCCUCCCAUGAAAGCUCCUCCACCGGUGGAAAUCCGGGGUAUUUCAAUUUCCAGCAUUUGAGUUAUGAUUCUGGAAAUCCAAACACCUCUCUGUUCCUCAAUCCAAACACCACUUUUUUCCCUUCCAUUUCAAGUCCAAUUCUCCCCACUAAUCAUCCUUUCAUAAGCUCUAGUCUUGAUAUCAAUGGGGUGCACCACAGUUGGAACAAUUGUGCAUUCAGCACCAAUGGCAGUAGUAGCAAUGGAAGCAAUAACAGCAUUGAAUUGCAAAGCCAAAAUUUUCCAUGGGGAUUAGAAAAUUGUGUAAAAUCCGAAAAAGAACCGGAGAUUCACGCUUUCAAAGGGGAACCGGAAGAAAUCAAAUGGCCUGAAUAUGUUCAAACCCCAUUCUUCACAAUUCAGAACCAAACGGAGUUCGCAACGGAGGUGUUGAGUACUAAUUGGGAUCAGAAUCAGCAGCAACAACAACAAUCUUUAGAAGGUGGAAGCAUAUAUGAUAGGAAUUUCCAGAGACUUUCUGCCAAUUAUAGGCAAAUUUCUUAGCUUGUGUUUGGCUUGGGAGCCUCUGAUUGAAAAGGUGGAGAAAAAAUAUUACAGUUUUUCUUGUUUCUGUAAAUAGGCAUGAUACAGAAUUCUCAGCCUUUUUUAUACAAUCUGUUUGUGAUGGAAACAAAGUUUAUGCUCUAUCUCUUUUGUCAAUGGAACAUGGUAAGAGAUACAGAAUAAAAAUUCAUGUUUGAAUA